GGUGAAGGUCAGGCUGCAGCUUGAGGUUCAGGAGCAGUGCUUCUUUCCAGAUCUUCACCUGUAUCAGCAUCCUGGCUCCAAAUAAUCCACAUGCAGCUUUCCCAGCCUGGUCGAGGACACUACUGCAGCUUGACUGGUUUUCCUCCUUUUUUUGGUACUGGUUUUUCUGCACCAAGCCCAGCCCCAGCUGCUGCCCAUGCCAGGCAGUGAAGGCAGAGCCUGAGUCCCAGAGUUGCUGUGUGUUUGUGCUGCACCACUGGUGAAGUGUCUCUGGGUUGAGAUGCUCAGACCAGGAUGUUGCAGGCUUUCAGGGCCAGAUUCUGCACCAGCACAUAUUGAAGGUGCUGUGAUUUUUGUAGUCAUCCAGGGAUCUCCUUUGCAUGGGAGCUGGGGUUCAUUUAUGUCUAAAUUUGCAUCUUACAGACAGGCCUAAAAAACAUAGCUGCCACCUUCUAAGCAGCAGACUAAAUCUCCUAAAGCAGAGCUGGCGCUAGGGAUGAAGGGAAGUCCACUGCUAACCCCCUGGGUAAUUCCCUUGCAAAUCCCCACUUUUCCCAUGCCAGCAGGGAAAUACAUUCCUGGCUCAGAGCAGCCCAAGCAGAGGCUGCUGCUUCUGUGGUGGUUUCCUUCCAUAGCCCAUGGCAGCCCCUGCCCCAGACCUCUCAGAGCUGCCUCCUGGAAGCAUUCCCACAGGGAUGCUUGGCUGCUGUUGCAAGGGCAGUGCCCAUGGUGAGGUUUAGGGGAGCUCAGGUUUGCAGGAUACCCAGCUCAGAGGUGCAGUGUCACACCCAGAACCUCUCCAAUGCAGCAGGUUACACUUCCAGGGUACAGACAGAUGUAGGGGCAGCCUGGGACAUGAUGGGAAGCAUGAGGUUUGUCUCAGCUGUGGGAGCAGCAUGGUAUUCCCCAUUACACAUGCAUCUAGGUCACCAUCAGCUCAUGGGUCUGCUCUCUCACAAUUCAGUGUGUGGCUGAAAAUACUUCCUAAGCUGUGCCUGUUUUGUUGCCUUUUGGUGAGAAAUAACUAAACCUGAGAGCUGUAAACAAACCUUUCUCAUUUAGGCCAUUGUCUGCAGCUGCACAGAUGCUCUGAUCUGCAGCCACGGUUGGUUUGAGGUUUCAAACAGCAUCACAGGGCACGUUGAGGGAUUUGCUCUUGCCCAGCAGAAGGCUCUGGGCUUCAGCUCUGCUUCCCUCAAUUGCUCUGAUCUGGGCCUGAUCCUGCAGCACUGGCUGCAUCGACCCUGCUCUGGGUAUCCCCAUGGGCUUGGGCUAGAUCAAACGCACAAGCUCCAGGUCUCAUUUCUCACCCAGGACCUUUGCCUUGACCCCUCACCAGCUCCACUGGCCCUGGCAUAAAUGCAGCCCCUGGGAGGGUGACUCUAGAUGGGCACCAGCUUCCACAGACCCGGAGCCUCCUGUUGUCCCCUGCUUGCUUUUCAUCCACCCCAUGUAAGAUCUUUUAAUGGCACGUGAAGUAUCAAACUCUUGUACCUGGUGGGUCAGCAGGAUGUUUUUCCCAUGCACUGCGUGGUCUCCCGUGGCAGGAUCGGGUCGGUGCAGCCUUUCCCAUCCCCAACAGGUCGGCAGCGCUGACACCCAACACAGGCGGCUGCUUCCCGGCUUUUAGCUCCCUCGGGCUGCCCAGCUCCGUGCUUGACAACUGUGUUCUUCCCGUGCCUCGGGCUCCUCGGGGGUUUUGCUUUGCGCACACCCUCCGCCUGCCUCUCGCGGGCUUUAUGUCCUGCUAUGUGACACAGCAGAUGACAACAGCUCGUCCCGACCCCCUGCGUCAGGGCACCGGCAGCGUAUGGGGCUGGAGGCGUGGGAAUAUCCCGCCAGAGGGACGAAGGGGGGGGUUUAGCGUUACAGCCCUGAAAGCUCCAGUCGCUGAGCGCUGUAGCAGCUCCGGCAGAUUUCCGGACUCGGCAAUCCCGGCGGCGGCCAUCGGCCCAGCCCUGCGGGAACCCAGCGGGGACACGGGGACAGCCCUGACGGGGGCUGCGGGAGGGCUCUCCUCCUCCUCCUCCUCCCCCUGAACUUUGCUGCCGCCCGCCGCCGCUGCCCCCAGCCCCGCACCUGCCAUGGCAGCCCCCCCUGCCCGCCCCGGGACCCCGCGGGGACGCGCCUGAGCUGCCCACGCCGACUAACCCCGGGGGACCCAGCCCUGCCCGCCAUGGAGCUGGACAAGGGGGAUGUGACCACGCUCAGCCUGCCCACCACCGCCGGGCACGGCGACACCGACGGCACCGUCUGCCUGGACGUCCCCGAUGGCACCCCUGACCCACACAGGACAAAAGCUGCCAUCGAGCACCUGCACCAGAAGAUCCUCAAGAUCACCGAGCAGAUCAAGAUCGAGCAGGAGGCUCGGGAUGACAACGUGGCCGAGUACCUGAAGCUGGCCAACAACGCGGACAAGCAGCAGGCCUCCCGCAUCAAGCAGGUUUUUGAGAAGAAGAACCAGAAGUCGGCGCAGACCAUCGCGCAGCUGCACAAGAAGCUGGAGCACUACCACAAGAAGCUGAAGGAGAUCGAGCAGAACGGCCCUUCCCGGCAGCCCAAGGACGUUUUCCGGGACAUGCACCAGGGUCUCAAGGAUGUAGGUGCCAACGUUCGCUCCAGCAUCAGCGGGUUUGGUGGAGGUGUGGUGGAGGGUGUCAAGGGAGGGCUCUCAGGUCUGUCCCAGGCCACCCACACUGCCGUGGUCUCCAAGCCCCGGGAAUUCGCCAGCCUCAUCCGGAACAAGUUCGGCAGCGCAGACAACAUUGCCCACCUGAAGGACACGUUGGAUGACGGGCACCCAGAGGAGGCUUCACGAGCUCUCAGCGGCAGUGCCACCCUGGUCUCCAGCCCCAAGUACGGCAGCGAUGACGAGUGCUCCAGUGCCACCUCUGGCUCAGCUGGUGGCAGCAACUCAGGAGCAGGACCCGGUGGCUUGGGGAGCCCCAAGUCCAACACUCUGGACAGCCACCACAAUAACUUCGACACCAUCCUGGAGGAGCUCCGGGAGAUCAAGGACAGCCAGUCCCACCUGGAGGACUCCAUGGAGGACCUCAAGGCUCAGCUGCAGCGGGAUUACACCUACAUGACACAGUGCCUGCAAGAGGAGCGGUACAGGUACGAGCGCCUGGAGGAGCAGCUGAACGACCUCACUGAGCUGCACCAGAAUGAAAUGACCAACCUGAAGCAGGAGCUGGCCAGCAUGGAAGAGAAAGUGGCCUACCAGUCCUACGAGAGGGCACGGGACAUCCAGGAGGCAGUGGAGUCCUGCCUGACACGGGUGACCAAGCUGGAGCUGCAGCAGCAGCAGCAGCAGGUGGUGCAGCUGGAAGGGGUGGAGAACGCCAACGCCCGGGCACUGCUGGGCAAGUUCAUCAACGUGAUCCUGGCCCUGAUGGCCGUGCUGCUCGUCUUCGUCUCCACCAUCGCCAACUUCAUCACCCCGCUCAUGAAGACCCGCAUGCGCAUCCUCAGCACCGCCCUCCUCGUCCUCUUCCUCUUCUUCCUCUGGAAGCACUGGGACUCCAUCACCUACUUUCUGGAGCACGUCCUGUUCUCCAGCUGAUCUGCAGCUGCUCCAGGGGGCUUUCCAUUUCCCACAGAGGAGAGGGCAGGGGGCACAGUGGUCCAAGAGCCUUCAGGUUGUUUCUGUUGGGUCGCUUUCCCAGCCUUCCAUCCUUGCUGCAGCCGGCAGGGAUGGCUUGGAGCACGGCGUGUUGGAGCCAGGAUCUGUCUCUGGGAUGUUUGGGGAGGGCAGGACGGGGAAUGAGGAGGAGUUUUUGGAAGAAACUGGUCAUUUAUGGGGUGCUGGGUUUUUCUAGGAUUUGGGGGCUUGUUUUUUUAAAUGUCAAGUCUAUUCUGAAAGUCCAUGGGAAGGAAGUUUUCUGCAGAGGUCUUCUGUCAGUGGGAAGGAUUGAGCUGGACUAAGCCUGGCUCCAGAACAACUUUCUGUGGAGAGAGAGGAGGGGGGUUAUUAGGGGCUGACUUUUCCCUUCCAUCCUUGAAGACCAAGAUGGCAAAAAGCUGAGUCCUGGGAUGGAGCAAAAGCAAAGCCCACGGUCAAGGAAAAAGCAGGUCCAAGGCAAAUGCAGCAGGACAUACACAACCCACCAGCCUCUCCCAACCCACCACAGCCCAGCCAGGACUGAGUGGGGCUGUAACAUUGUCCCCCUGGUCCCCAAGGGGGCCUGGGCAGACACAGGGGACCUGAUGCUGGAGACAGCACCGGCACAAGCAAGAUUCCCUCUGCUGGUUUCCCUCCAUGUAUUUAUUUCCCCCUCCUUCAGCUUUAGUUGAUCUGAUCUCUUCAGGGACACAUGGACUUGCCAGCAUCACCAAGUGUCACAGCCUCUGCACCAUGUCAUGUGUGUGUGCGUGUGUGUUCAGUUUUUAAUUUGAUUCAAGACUGUUCCCAUUUGUGAAUCAAAGCUGGUAGAGCAGGGGGAGACCAGCAGCUGCCUUCCCAGCCCUACAGCAGAGCACAGCAUGCUGUCUCGGAUGUUUCUUAAAUUAUUUCAUACAUAUAUAUUUAUGUAAUAUAUCUAUACACACACACAUAUAUAUAAAUAUAUAUAUAUAUAAAAAAGUAUAUGCA